AAGAUAACUUUCAUCUUCAACAUUUGGCGUUUUUCUCGAAUUCCUCUGUAGGCAAUAGUAGAUCCCAUUUUAAAUCCCACUUCGGCACACUCUUCAAAGCCAUUCUGUCUUAGACAGUGAAAAUUUUCUUCCACUUUGUUAGUCCCCGAUCACCUUAAGCCAUCAAGAACUAAAGCUAUAACAGAUCUUAUUAGGUCUCUUGGCUUUUGUCAUGUUUUUCCAACCAUGGUAUCCCUGUGGUGCAAAUGAUAAUACCUGGAGACGAGUGUUCGUUCAAGCACGUGGAGAAACAUGGCGGACGAAGGAGAAAAGGCCCGUAAGAAGCACAAGAAGGAUAAAACCAAGACAGACGAUAGUGAAACAGGAACUCCAAAGAAAUCCAAAAAGAGGAAGAGUGAGGGUGACACAGGUCUCCCAGAGGAACAGACUAAUGGAGAUUAUCACCUAAAACCAUCUUCCACCACUCCUGCACUGGACACAUCAAAGUGGCCUCUGCUACUUAAGAAUUAUGACAAGCUGAAUGUUCGUACUGGUCAUUUCACUCCUUUACCUAAUGGUUGUUCGCCACUAAAAAGAGACAUAAAGGAUUAUAUUUCGAGUGGUUUUAUCAAUCUGGAUAAGCCAGCAAAUCCCUCUUCACAUGAGGUAGUAGCAUGGUUGAAAAGAAUCCUGCGUGUAGAGAAAACAGGACAUAGUGGAACUCUUGAUCCUAAAGUCACAGGCUGUCUGAUUGUCUGUAUUGACAGAGCUACAAGACUUGUCAAAUCACAGCAAGGAGCAGGAAAGGAAUAUGUGUGUGUGGUAAGACUUCAUAGUGCAAUAGAAGGUCAGGAGGAAUUAGCUAGGACCCUAGAGACUUUAACUGGAGCCCUCUUCCAAAGACCACCUCUGAUAUCUGCUGUUAAAAGACAACUGAGGAUCAGAACCAUUUAUGAAAGCAAACUUCUUGAGUUUGACAAAGAUCGACAUUUAGGUGUGUUCUGGGUGAGCUGCGAAGCUGGUACCUACAUCAGGACUCUCUGUGUUCAUAUUGGUUUUCUUCUGGGUAUUGGAGCUCACAUGCAAGAAUUGAGAAGAGUCAGAUCUGGCAUUCAGUCUGAAAAUGAGAAGAUGUCCACUAUGCACGACAUCCUUGAUGCACAGUACCUAUAUGAUAACUCAAGAGAUGAGACAUACUUGCGCAGAUGUAUUCAGCCAUUAGAAGCCUUGUUAACUUCACAUAAACGAUUGGUUGUAAAGGAUAGUGCUGUCAAUGCUAUUUGUUAUGGUGCCAAGCUGAUGAUUCCUGGUCUACUGCGAUAUGAAUCUGGUAUUGAAAUGAACGAACAGAUUGUGAUCAUGACCACCAAAGGCGAGGCCAUUGCAUUAGGUAUAGCACUGAUGACUACAGCUGUGAUGUCAACAUGUGAUCACGGAGUUGUUGCUAAAAUCAAACGUGUUAUAAUGGAGAGAGACACGUAUCCACGAAAAUGGGGUCUUGGCCCAAAGGCUUUGAAAAAGAAACAAUUGAUCCUGGAAGGUAAACUGGACAAGUUUGGUAAACCAAAUGAAAAGACACCCGAAGCGUGGAAUGCAGAACACCCUGAUCUAAGUAGUACUAAGAAAAAAUCCAAAUCCGAGGAAGCGCCAGAAACGCCAAGACAAGAACCAGCUGAAGAAGCUAAAAAGCGCAAAAGGUCAGAAGAUGAAAGCUCUGAAGAAGCUGCUACUCCUUCGAAGAAGGAAAAGAAGAAAGCCAAGAAAGAGAAACGAAAAUCUAAGGACAAAGAAGAAAGCGAGGAGGAAGAGAAAAAAGAAAAGAAGAAGAAAAAGAAGAAGAAGAAAGAGAAGGAGAAGACAAAAGAAUCCGAUAGUGACUCAUCAGAGUAAUGAACAUGGUUUCUUUUUAGGAUUUUUACAUUAUUUUUGUGAAUACAUUUUACAACCGAAACGCAUUCUGUUGACUACKUUUUCAUCAUGUAUCUGUGUAAAAUGAAAGCGAAUUAGAAUUAUUCUGAUCUUUGUACGUCAUAAGGUCAUUGGUAUUUCAUCGUAUAUUGUUCUAUUUGAGCGGUAGAACAAUUCAAACACAACUAUGUCACUCUUGUAUGUAGUGCCUGCAAAAUUGUUGAACUUACAGCAUUGCGAUCUUUGAUGAUAUGAAUGUAAAUGUACGCGUACACUGUAAAACAAAUCAAACCGAUAAAUUUGUUAUUCUUUA